CUUAAAUUCACCUUCCAUUUCUGCUUACCAAAUUCAUUUUUCAUGCACAACAAGCAACCACCUCCACCAUAUAACGCAUGACUUGCCUCCCCUCAACAUAUCUUCAACAUGAACAACAACAACCACCCUUCAACCCUCAACACCACCAUCAUGCCCCCCUCUUCUCCCCUUUCCCUUUCCCCGCCCACCCGCCGCUUCAUCUUACCCGACGUUCAAAUCAUCGAGCUUUUUGUAGCCCUACUUGUUUUUGUAUUCAUUCGUUCUCUAAGCCAAAGGAGGCGAAACGGGCUACCAACAUGGCCAUUCGUCGGUAUGUUGCCAUCGUUGGUGCUCGGCCUUCGUGUCGACAUGUAUGAAUGGAUUUCACAAAUUCUUUGUAGACAAAAUGGGACUUUUUUGUUUAAAGGUCCUUGGUUUACAAAUUUAAACUGUGUAGUCACUUCUGAUCCGCGUAACGUUGAGCAUCUUCUCAAAACUCGGUUUCAAGCAUACCCGAAAGGCCCGUAUUUUCGGCAUGCUCUACGUGAUCUUCUUGGAGAUGGAAUCUUUAACGCGGAUGAUGAAAUUUGGCAAAGACAAAGGAAGACCGCUAGCAUCGAGUUUCAUUCGUCUAAGUUUCGAAACAUGACUACUGAGUCGUUACUAGAGCUUGUUCAUAAACGGUUGUUGCCUGUUUUACAGGAGUCUGUAGAUCAGUCUACCGAGAUUGAUCUACAAGACAUCCUGUUACGGUUAACGUUUGACAACGUUUGCAUGAUAGCUUUCGGGGUUGACCCGGGUUGUUUAAGUCCCGGGCUUCCUGAAAUACCAUUUGCUAAAGCCUUUGAAGCGGCCACUGAAGCAACUAUGCUGCGGUUUGUUACUCCAACGCUUGUUUGGAAGAUCAUGAGGCAUCUUAACGUCGGGUCUGAGAAGAAACUGAAGGAUUCGAUCGCAGGAGUUGAAAGUUUUGCGGAUGAUGUGAUUCGGACCAGGAAGAAAGAAGUGGUUUUGAUGUCUGAUGAUGACAAGAAACAAAGAUCUGAUUUGCUGACCACCUUCAUGGGACUUAAAGAUGACAAGGGACUACCUUUUUCAGACAAGUUUUUACGCGAAAUCUGUGUGAAUUUUAUACUCGCGGGUAGGGAUACUUCUUCAGUGGCGUUGAGCUGGUUUUUCUGGCUUCUUGAUCGAAAUCCAACAGUGGAGGAAAAGAUUCUGGGUGAGAUAUGUCGGAUUGUGAAGGAACGGGAGGAUGAGGGCAAAAAUCGGAAUUUGAUAUUUAGACCGGAAGAGGUGAAAAGGAUGGAGUAUCUACACGCCGCUUUAUCUGAGUCGUUAAGGUUAUACCCGUCGGUACCAGUGGAUCAUAAGGAGGUUAUUGACAACGAUGUAUUUCCAGACGGGACGGUGUUAAAGAAAGGAACUAAAGUGGUUUACGCAAUCUAUGCAAUGGGAAGAAUGGAAGCGAUAUGGGGAAAAGACUGCAGAGAAUUCCGGCCAGAGAGAUGGCUAAGGGACGGACGGUUCAUGAGCGAAUCAGCCUACAAAUUCACCGCCUUCAAUGGCGGCCCGAGGUUGUGCUUGGGUAAAGACUUUGCUUACUACCAGAUGAAAUUCGCCGCUGCCUCAAUCUUAUACCGCUAUAAAGUGGCAGUGGCGGAAAAUCAUCCGGUUACACCAAAGCUUGCACUCACUAUGUACAUGAAACAUGGGCUGAAAGUGAAGCUUCGGAAGCGUAGCGAGUCGGAUCUCCAAGUAUAUCACAAUAUCAAAUAUUAAGAGAUCCCAGUGAAGAUAUCACAAUAUCAAAUAUUAAGAGAUCCCAGUGAAGAUGUGUGGCAUUUAUGAUUUCUUUUUUAACUUAUUCUUCUUAUUAUUUUUUUAUAUUUAUAAGUCAAUAUUGUAUUGCACAAAAUGCUGAAAAUGAUGGUAGAAAUAGAUGGAGAUGCAUUUUAUUGUAAGUUACAAAAUAUAAAUAAAAGAUUUGUUGGUGAUA